AUGGAUUUGAAGAGUGUGAAAGAUAAGAUUAAGAAAGGGAUUUGGCGCAAGAUUGUGGAGUUCAAAGUUGAUAAAUUGGAUGAUUUGGUGAAGAGUGAUUUGGUGACGUUGAAGGGGAAGAUUCUAGAUCAUGCAGAUACUCUAGAGGAUCAAUCUGCCAGUCGUAUUAAAACUGAGUUGGGUGCGCUUGCAGCGCAGAAAAAAGUUUGGAUGGUAUUGACGGUAAGCCAAAUAGUACAAUUCAGCGGGCGACUGCGAAUCUUCAAAGUAUGA